CAAAAGAUAGAACCGUAUGAGGCUGCGAGACCAAGGCAUACGCAGCAUGUUGGGGGAAAGUUGUAGAGCAACCCGUGACGAAGUUUGCCCAUUGUUUCCUCCAUGACGCACGACGAGUUGGUACACUGCACAACCGGUUCUUAGUUUUCAUUGCAACAUCAGUUGGGGGUCCAGUCUAAGGUGUGGCUUGCAACCUCUCAUAAGUUAAGUCUUGCACAUACUACAUCUCAGGCGCAUUGUUCCGCGUAUCAACGUGGCAUCAGCAUCUCUUUCGCAGCUCCAUGUUAAACGUUGGUGAUUUUAAGAAGAACAUGGGUCGUGUAGUAAUCACAUUGGCUAUCUUCAUGGCUGCGCUGGUUCUUGUGAGCGGCCUAAAGUGCCAUGUCUGCCACAACUUUAAGGGGGAUGAGACAUCUACUUCCUGUUGCGACAACCCCGGGGUGUCAGAGCUUACCUUGGAAUGCCGCCCAGCAGACCGAAACGAUGUGACCAGAUGCAGUAAAACUGAAGGGACUUUGACCAAUUCGGGAACUGGGUUCAAGCAACAAGGUCUACUGCGACAGUGCAGCUAUUUCACUCCCGAUAACGUUCCCGAGAACAAGUGUUACUCCGGAAAGGACGCCCUCCCGUGGCUGAUUGCAGACGCUGCCUCCAAUGAGUUUGAUGGCGAGGUGUGCUUUUGCGACGACGCGGACCGGUGCAAUGGCGCAGCCUCUCUCAAGCUGCUCGGGUGGCAACUGGGCGUUCUGGUCACCGCCACAAUGCUGUGGAAUAUCUAGCCUCGGCGCCCUCCGCGAAAAAUGGACGGUGAGGCUGAGUCCUUCUUGCUACGGCGUUAUAUCUACCACGAUCUAGAAAGUUUAGGCUAGGAAGGAGUGAGAGGGAUUGUUUUACGACCCCUAUGACCACUCUGUAGAUACAUGUACUGUGUAAUUUGUUUGAAAAAUUCAAGUAGCAUAGCUUAGGUUGAAUAGGCGGUAUGUGACUUCGACAGGCGGUCUGGACUGUCAGCUGUGCAGUUUGUUAUCCUGUUAUUGUCUGAUCGUCUCGAGAAGUCAAGUUUGCUGUCAAAAUCUGUAUCAAACACUAAUUAAAUGUGGACUCAUCAGCCUGUUGUGCAUCUGGUCGACUCGCCCUCAAUGGAGUUCACAUUUUUACUAAUUAUACCGAUGUAAUCAAUAUGACGUUGUACUGUGUGGGUUGUGUUUUGUUUCUCUUAAGUAGUUCCGCUACGGCUAAAUCCAGCCAGGCCUCCAUCGAGAUAAUAAGAAGAGUGAUUUUAGCGAACAAAUAAAAAGGCCAAUGGGACAGUUUGUUCGGGCCAUCACGUCCCCAAAUGUAAUACUCAAUGGUUAUAUAACACGUAAGGAGAUGGUGUGGCACAUUGUGACUCCGCUUGGAGUCGAAUUUGACGUGGAAGAUUUAUAUAAUGAAAAUUUGAAAAGUUUUAAAUUUUAAAAUUUGAAAGGUUUUGGGCCAGAAUUCCCUAAUACCCUGACAAAGGGAGGGGGCACAUUGUCAUCUUCCACUUUGUGGAAGAGUGAAACAGACGCAUGGGGAAUUUAAAGUUACUUGUAAACAUUUCAAUAAUCACAAUGCACAUACUAAACAGUACUUUAAACACAGAGAACAAAAAAAGUAUGCCGUUUCUUUCAAAUGCGGCGCAUCAAUAUGAAGUUGAAGGACCCUUACAAUAAAGUUUUUAAUGUAGUCUGAGUACGUGU